GUAGCUUACAAAAGUCCUUCUAAAUGUCAGACGUGAUUGUUUGUCUCGGGUUUUAGAUGUAAACGCAGUAUAUUCCUUCUGAGUAGGGUUCGGUUUCACUUUCUCUUUCUUUUGAUAAACAUUCCUUGACCCCAUGAUCUCCCCAUUUUUCCGAUUCUUGGGGUCUCUGACAUUUCUUGCCUGUCUUUGAAGCCCGAGACUUUGAUGGAAGCUCGAGUUGGUGUGGUUGUUGAAGGAGAGCAGAGAGCUCUGAACUCUGCUCACGGUUGCGUCGUCGACCGGAAAUUUUUGCAGCAGCACAACCAUACGAACCAAUCACUGAAACAGAAUUCUCAGAUUGGGACGGUCCAACAGCUUCUCGCCGGUGGUAUUGCGGGUGCUUUUGGAAAAACCUGCACGGCGCCUCUGGCUCGCCUUACCAUCCUCUUUCAGGUGCAAGGCAUGCACUCUGAUGUUGCAGCACUGAGUAAGGCUAGCAUAUGGCGUGAGGCUUCUCGAAUCAUCAACGAAGAAGGGUUCAGAGCCUUUUGGAAAGGCAAUCUGGUUACGAUUGCUCAUCGUCUACCUUAUUCUGCAGUCAACUUCUACGCAUAUGAACGCUACAAGAAUCAGUUGCAUUCGAUUAUUGGGGAAAAUCGUAGAGGUAAUACAAGUUCAGAUCUUUCUGUGCGCUUUGUAGGUGGUGGAUUGGCAGGAAUAACAGCUGCCUCUCUUACAUAUCCUCUUGAUCUUGUUAGGACACGUCUUGCAGCACAGACAAAUUCAUCUUACUACAGAGGCAUCUGGCAUGCCUUUCACACCAUUUGUAGAGAUGAAGGUUUUAUGGGUUUAUAUAAAGGACUAGGAGCAACACUUUUGAAUGUUGGACCCAGUAUAGCAAUAAGCUUUUCUGUUUAUGAGACCUUGAGAUCUUUUUGGCAGUGCCAAAGGCGCAAUGAUUCCACUGUCAUGGUCAGUCUUGCUUGUGGCAGUCUUUCAGGCAUUGCAUCAUCAACUGUCGCGGGAACAAGAAAUUGCAUGCAUAGGUGGGAUCGAAUCCAACCAAGAAAAAGAUUUUUCUUUCUUAUUUCCAACCAAACCCUAUAUUGACGUGACUUCAUGGAAAUGGUGUUGGAAAGUAGAGUGGAAAUAUUGUUACACCACCUUCCUCUAGGGUUAGGAACACUACCAGCAUUUAAAAUAUUUUCAUGCAAGUCAGGUAUAAAAGAUUCCAUAAAACGAAAACAAUCCAAAUUUUAUUAGAUAAAUAGAGUCAUGGUAGCACUUGUUAAAAACUUUUCCAAGUCUUGCGCUUAUUCACAAAUUUUCCCACUAAAUACAAAGAACAUAAAAUUAAAAUCUCUUGGAAAGAUAUAAAGUUCUAAGAUCUGGUCUCAUCCUCAGAAGCUAGGUCUGGUUCUCCAGCUCCUUUGUCAUAAUUUCUUCUCAUGGGAAUGUUAACAUAUAAACAAUUGAGUCACAUACUCUGUAACCACAUUACACAAUAAAAGUCAUAACCAAUUUGGAUUUUGUUUUAGAAAAGAAAAUGCUCAUACAUCAAUGUUGCAUGCUUAUGCACUUAGUUUCACUUUCCUUGUUAGUUGGUACCACUGUUGACCCCUCUGAGUUAGGGUUAAUGAUCCUUGUAUCUUGAUUUUGCCCACAACCAUAUAUUAGGAAUCCAUUCAUGGGGAUGACAUCACUAGAUGCACUACCACUUUGCCUGUCCUGGUGUUGCUAUCCGUCCUUACCUUACGGGACCAUCAUACUUAGCAUAGACAGUUCAGUAGAAUCAGUAUAUAGCGUACAUGUCAUACAUUCAGCUAUGAACUUGCUUUUUGCCUUGUCUUAUCUUGUCUUAUGGGAUCUUAUCAUGUCCUUGUCUUUCAUUGGUGCAUCACAUAGUUUGAAGCAUAGUAGACAUGAUCAUCACAUGCGGACGCACAUUUACAAUUUGAUGCCGGACAGAAUUUAGAUUAAUUCUAGUUCCAACAGAUAAUUGAAACAGAGAAGACAAGAGAUUCGUCCAAAAUACAGAGAAAACUCUAAAUAAUAUUGAUUAAUAGUGAAAUUCAAAAAUUAUUUUAUGAAGCCCACAAGCCAGACUUAAAUAGUUGCAAAAUUCGUAAUUAUGAAGAUUUUUCCAAAAAAAUCUAAAUUAUUGUAUGAGAAAGAAAUACACAAAUAAAAAAGAAUCCUACUAAAAAUUAGGCUAAAAUCAAAAUCAGAAUCACUUCCAAAACUUGAAACCAAAUAUAUACUAAUAAGGUAAAAAUGAGCAUAAAUAUAUGAUUUGAGGGAAAAUAAAUAAUAUUGCCCUUAAUCUAAGGAAGAUAUUAAGCUUUUCUUUUAUAUUUGUACAGAUUCAUUUUUUUAAGGUAGUACUUCAAUGCAAUCAACGUAGGAUUUGGACCUAGAUACCAUAUCAAUUUGAGUUUGCACCACAAUUCCUUUGCAUCCAUUAUUUUCAUACAUAAAUAAUAAGGGUGCAUGGUACGUGGGCUAUCAAAGAAUAAAGUCAUGCUUCAAAUAGUUAUGGAUCAAAAUAUGUACAUAUCAUAUAUAGAUCGGGAAAGAGAUCACUUGUUUACAAAUUUACAAAUGAGUGUGAUUAUAGCAAAAUCAGUGGGACCAUGAUUUCUUACAUAAAAUAGAUAAAAGGGUGGGAUCACGAUUACUUACAACUUCCAAUGACCUGAGGAAAGCCAAAGCCAAACUAAGCCCAUACUACAACAGGACUAGUCAAUGUUAGGAUUGAAGACCCUUAAAAUCAUUAUGAAGAGCUUGAACUUCUCCUUUUCAAGUAAUAUGUGAUCUGAUUAAUCAAUGCCUUGUCUUAUGUGGUACUCAUUUGGCUUAAGCACUUACAGACGGGUAAACUGGUAAAGGCUAAUAGGAACGUCUAUUCUGAAGAGAUUUGUUCGGAAUUGCUGUUCUUUUUCUUCCCAUGUUGAUAUCACUGUCAUCCACUGAUAUAAAUAAUUAUAGACUUGGAACUUCUAUCCUAAAGAGAUAAGUUAGGGAUUACUGUUCUUUUUCUUUGUUGAUGUCACUGGCAUACACUGAUAUAAUUAUGGACUUAACAGAGUAGAUUCA